AUGCAUCUGCAUCAACUCUUGGCCAUCCUCAUUACUCUUGCGGGCCUAGCAUACAGCUGCAUCCAUGGCCCUACCGAGCUUAACAAUGCCAUUGAGGAGCCCGCCACCAGCCAAGAUCAGCUCCAGCCUGAGCCGGUUCCUAUGCCUGGAUUUGACCCUGUGGAUGUCGAAGACCAGUCCCAGAGACUUCACCUGCAACUCCGAGGUAUAACCCAACAGCCCAACUACCAAUGUGGUCCGAAAUACGGGACAUGCCCUAGUGGUACUUGCUGCUCCAGUGCAGGUUUCUGCGGUACCACAACGGCUCACUGCCGUUCUCCCGACUGCAUGCUUGACUACGGCCUUUGCGACACCCACAGGUCGCCCAAAGGGCCACUCACGAAGGAUAUCCCACGUCCUCACAUUGGCCGAGUCCCCUAUGGCCCACAGGAGAUUCGGUCUUGCACUGUUCCAGGCACUAUUGCUCUGACCUUUGAUGAUGGUCCAACACGGUACACCGGUGAUCUUCUUGACCUCCUCGACCGGUAUGAUGCGCCGGCAACGUUCUUCAUUACUGGCAUCAACAACGGCAAGGGACCGAUUGAUGAUCCAAGUCUACCCUGGGCUGACUUGAUUGAGCGCAUGACUAUCAGUGGCCAUCAGAUUGCCAGUCAUACCUGGUCGCAUGAGGAUCUCAGCAAGAUCACAGCCGAACAGCGUCAGGACCAGAUGCUCAAGAACGAGGUGGCUAUUCGAAACAUUCUUGGCAGCUUCCCUACCUACAUGCGCCCACCAUACUCCAGCUGCGUCCCUGGCUCAGGCUGUCGAGAGGCCCUCGGAGAUUUGGGAUAUCAUAUUGUUCUGUACGAUUUCGAUACCGAUGAUUACAAGAAUGACAGUCCGAAUCUCAUUCAGCUCUCCAAGGACAUCUUCGACCGAUUCCUAAAUGCGGGGAAUUCAAAGACAAACUCUUGGCUGAUCAUUGCCCAUGAUGCUCACGAGCAGACUGUUCACAAUCUCACCGAGCAUAUGCUCAAGACGAGUGCAAGACUGGGAUAUCGGCCCGUCACCGUUGGUGAUUGUCUACGUGACCCUCGCGACAAUUGGUACCGCGCAGACAGCAGCUGGACCGGACACCAGAACAAGAAAAAGUCCCCCCAGAAGGGUCCGAAGAAGUCCAAUGCUCCACAGCAAAUCUCCGUUGAUGGCACAUGCGGUGCAAACUACACCUGCCUUGGAUCUCGCUUCGGAAUUUGCUGUAGUAGCAAGAACCUCUGUGGAAAUACCACGUCACACUGUGGCCAUGGCUGCAAGAAGGAAGCUGGAUACUGCGCCGUUCACGUUCCAUCGAACGGCGAUGCUUGGGACCCUCUAUCCCCUGGGAGCAAGGGCGCCAAAUCCGAGGCGGACUCCAAUGGUCGAGUCGUUGGGACUGCGGCUGUAACAUCGUUGGUGCUAGCCCUGAUCGUGGCUAUGUGGAUGUGA